UGUGAAUAAAGUUGACUAUUUUCGAAGCUGUUGCAAACGGCCACCAUUUCAUAUUUACCUUCUCAACACUGAAUAGUUCCGAUAUACUAUUUCAUGAUAGUUUGUACUAUGAUUGGAAAUACAGAACUUAAAGAUUGUCAUGCUGAAUUUGUAUAUAUUUUAUGCUGGAGAUUGCCAUAUCUAUGGUAUAUUUAGGAUUUUAAGACUUAUUACUGUAGUAUUGUUAUGAUAUUAUAAUGCUUCCCACUUUUGAUAUUUAAUGACAAAAUGUCAGGAGACAUUUUCUCUUGGCAAGGGAGAAUGUCACGGGAUGUAAUUUAUUCAUUAUCAACAAGCGGCCGAAGUUCAGGCAAGAUUUCCCGAAUCACUUUGUGUGACACUGGUCUGAGAUUCAAAAGAGACGUCAGUCCAAAUAUCCAGCCUCAAAGAAUCUCGCUGAGAUUAGUAACAGACCAGGCACGUAGAAAAUGACAGGUCGAGUGAUCAUUAUCACUGGAGCUAACUCAGGAAUCGGGUUUGAAGCAGCUAGAAAACUCUGUGAGGCUGGAAAUGAUGUCAUUCUUGCCUGUAGAAGUGAAGAGAAUGGGAAAGCUGCUGUGGAAAGAAUUCUGGAAGGAAACCCUAACGCGUUAGCUACAUUCCUUCAGUUAGACGUUGCUGAUCUGGCCUCCGUUAGGAAGUUUGUGGAGGAUUUCCAUAAUUUAGGCAAAAAACUGCACGUCCUUGUCAACAAUGCUGGCUUAUUUCUCAGACAGGACGACAGAGUAAGGCAGUUUACCAAGGACAACUUUGAGCUGACGAUGGGAACUAACUAUUUAGGUCCAUUUCUUCUGACUCAUCUUCUCCUCGAUGAUUUGAAGAAAACAGGAAGUGAAAGUGGUGACAGUCGUAUUGUCAUGGUGACAUCAAGUCUCCAUGAUCUCAAUAACAGAAUGAACAGAGAUUUGGACAAGCUUGACAUGGAGAAUUUCUUCAUGGAAAAAGAAGGAUCGUUCUCAGGAAAUCAAGCCUACAAAAACUCCAAGGUAGCCCUGGUGAUGUUCAUGUACUCGCUGGCUCGUAAAUUGGAGGGAACAGGAGUCGCUGUUAACAGCAUGUGUCCCGGUUUCAUUCCUGACACCCAGCUGAGUAGACAUGCAUCCUCGGCGAAAAGAUUCAUGCUGAAGUAUUUGAUAUCUCCCCUCCUCAGGGUCGCCAAGGUUACCAGGACGACGGACCACGGCAGCAAAAUGAUCGUAGAACUAAGCGUCAAUGAAAAAUACAAAGAUGUUUCAGGGAAAUAUUUGGUUGACUUUGAAGCCCAGGAAUCGUCCGAGGAAUCGCAGAAUGAGGAGAUGCAGAAACAGCUCUAUGAGCUCUCGGCUCGCUAUUGUCACUUGGAGGGUUAUGAACCUCUGGAUGCCCCGGCCCCUCCCCCACCCCAGGAAAAGCCCGCCAAGUGGAAAAAGGACAAGACUCCUAGAAAGGAAAAGAAUGUGGAGGAGAAAGUGAAGGAAGAAAAAGAAACCGAAGGAGGUAAGGUUAAAGAGGGACCUGAUAUGGCUGAAGGAAUCAUGUAUGCUGAUGAAGAUGAGAAAACGGAGGAGAAAGAAGAUGACGAAUCUGAGAAGAAGCCCGUUCAGGUGACUAUCACCGUGGAGGACGUCACGCCUGAUUCGCCACAGUCUGGGGAGGAGGAGCUUAUCAAACCGUCAGCCAAUGAAGGAAAGGAAACUAAUGCACCCGCUGAUGAAGAGAAUGUAGCGAAACUUACAGAAUCAGGGGAGAUCACUGCAGAAGUCACUGCUCAGUGAUGCACAAACAUUACACAAUUUGUUAACUCGCCGUUGUCAGAAAGCUUAUCAUUUUUCCUUGCUAAAUCUAUUAGUAUUGUUAUGGUGUGUUUUGGGAUUCUUUUUUUUUGGGGGGGGGGGGGAUUGGGCUAGUCAGAAAAUUUAAGUAAACCUUUUUUUGAAAGAAUACUUUUGAAUUUUUAUUAUAUAUAUACACAUAAGUAUGAAUAAAAUUUAAUUAUUUUAGAUAAAUAAUAUAUAUUUAUAUAUCAUUAUUUACUUUUAAUUCAGUAUUAUUUUUUAUUCAUUUUAGGUUCAUUUACAUUUGUAAGUCAUUAAAACUUGUAACUUGAUUUAAUUUCCAAAUAUAAUUGGGUAUGUAAUUCAUAUGACUAAAAUAUUCAAAUUUUAUAGCAUUGUACUCAUUCAGUCAUUGAAUAUUUAUGAAUACAAAAAAAAAAGAUGUGCCUUUUUGAGUCUUCAAGACUUUUUUAUGAAAUAGAAAUUUUUGGGAUAUAUAUUUUGUAAAAAGAGGUUUUAAAAAGUGUCACAAUGAAAUUGAUGUGAUAGAACGUAUUUGUGUGCUUCUAGUGAGUAGAGUUGAUACAGUAAAACACAGUUAUAACGAACCUCCUGGGCCAGCGAAAAACAGUUCAUUAUAACCAAUCUUCAUUAUACAGUAAAACACGGUUAUAGUGACCUCCAGGGCCAGCGAAAAACAGUUCAUUAUAACCAAACUUCAUUAUACAGUAAAACACAGUUAUAGUGAACUUCCAGGGCCAGCAAAAAAUAGUUUGUUAUAACCAAACUUAGCUACAUGUACAUUAAAAUUUUCAUAUCAAAGUGGAAUAAAUAUCACUUCGCAAUAAGUUAGAAUUGGUUAUAAGGGUGGAAUAAAUAUCACUUCACAAUAAGUUAGAAUUGGUUAUAAGGGUGGAAUAAAUAUCACUUCACAAUAAGUUAGAAUUGGUUAUAAGGGUGGAAUAAAUAUCACUUCACAAUAAGUUAGAAUUGGUUAUAAGGGUGGAAUAAAUAUCACUUCACAAUAAGUUAGAAUUGGUUAUAAGGGUGUUGGUUAUAGCGGUGUUUUGCUGGGUAUCUUUCAGACAUCUGUUAUCUGCAGUUUGUUUUAUAAAGCGUAGUCCCAAUAUUUCAUUAAUUCACUGGAAAUGAAAUUUAACAGGGCUGUGUUCAUUAAUUCACAGGAAAUGAAAUUGAACAGGGCUGUGUUCAUUAAUUCACAGGAAAUGAAAUUGAACAGGGCUGUAUGCUGACUGGUCAGAAAUAUAUUUUGAUGUGUUCUUUUAUUCUUCUGUUGCUAUGAACAACUGAUGAAACCUUUUUAAUGCAAUAGUCUUUUUUAAUUGGUUGUAAAUUUGUUUUUAUACACCAUUUUACAUUGUAUACAUUCACAAUUUACUAUAUACAUACACAUGUUAGAUUCAAUAUUGAUUAUAUACAUACACACGUUAGAUUCAAUAUUGAUUAUAUACAUACGCAUUUCAAAAUCCCUACCUCUAAUUGUUAUACAUUUAUUAACUAUAUGUUAUUGACACUGGACACUUGGAUUUUUCAAAAAUGAUGAAAAUGAAAGCUAGAUUUAUGUUUUAAUUAGUAUAAUGAAUAUAAUUUAAUUAGUAUAAUGAAUACUGUAUGGUAUGGAAUUUCUCUGAAGUUUUAAACACGGAAGUAUGGGGAGGUUACUAUACUUCUCUCGAACAUCAUAAAAAAUGAAAGUCACUUAUAUUUUAUUUAGGAAUUUUAUAUUUGUAAACAAGCAAACAAAACCAAACAUUAGAUAUCAACUUGUGCUUUCAAUCUGUUUUCGUUUGUGUUAAGUGUCCGUAAGUUUGUCAGUUUUACACACAUCACUUUCCUUUGUGGUCAUUACUUAUCGUGAACCUCUACCCGACUCUUCCAUUCUGUGUAUGUCCUUUGUACAAAACUCGUCACCCGUUUCCCAUUUUUUUUAUUGUCCGUGUUUUCUUAAGUCUCCUUGGAACCAUAUCAAGGUCACCACAUAGUCACUAAUUUCUGUACUCAAAUUGUAAUUCAUGACAAAAUUAUAUUAACUCUUCCUUUGACUUUCUCACUACUUUUAGAUUCUGCACAUUCAUUUAAAUACUGAGUCAUCAGAAGGUGUAGAGAUUCAUCAAGCCAAAAUAGGUUUUAGAUUCAACAAAAUUGUGCCUUAUAAGAAAUUAAUGACAAUAAAAAUUCUGUGUUAUUGUACUCGAUGUGUAAUAUCGUAGAGAGCUUAGAAAUACAAAAAAUGAUAAAGCAUAAUAAGAAAUGAAUGAUAAACCAUAUAGAAUAAUACAUAAAACUGAUAACCAUAGAGUAAUAAAACAAAUAAAAGACAAAAAGUAAUAAAUAAAUGAAAGACAAAUGAUAUUAAAACAAAUAAAUGAUAAAACUAAUUAAAAAAUGAUAGAAUUAAAAUAAUAGGACACAUAAUGAUAAUAGAAUAAUUAAAAGAUAAUGAAAUAAUAAAACAAAUAAUUGAUGGACUAAUAAGGCAGAAAUGAUAAUGAAGUUCAAAUAAUAGGUAAGAAAUAAAUUUAAAAAAAAACACAAAUAAGCAUGAGUUAUAAAAAACACAAAUAAGCACGAGUUUUGCUUUGUAAAGUGAUUUCUUGUUUCAAGGAAGCAUAACACUUGGGUUGUAAUUUUUUUUUUUUAAAUGGGGUGACAAGUUAGAAAUUUUGACUUUUUAUAUUUUGUUCUGUAUUUACGAUUUUUGUAUUGAACUUGUACAUGAUCUUUAAGUAUAAGUAUGUACAAGAGGAUAUUCACUGUAGUGGGAUAUUCACGGUAGUGGGAUAUUCACGGUAGUGGGAUAUUCACGGUAGAAGAGGUUAAGUUUGAGGGCAGAAUGUACCCACUAUAAACAUAAUCCUUUAACCUCUACACAGUCCCAGGUUAGUGAAGAUUAGCCGACGGUUAACUUGCCAUUAAAUUUUAUUACAUGUCUCCUGUUAACCGUCAGUUCAAAUUAAACUCGCUUUUGUGCAACUAGGUCACGGGCUUCUUGGACGACUUCACGUUUUGAUCUCGGGGCUCACUUUUAUAGGAGUACACAGUGAAAAAAUGAGACCGAGAUCUAAAACGAAUUUGUCUUCAGUUUUACGGCCCCAGAGCGAGGUCCUAAAAUAUGAAUGUAUAUUGUAUCUGAUGAUGUAUAUUUUAGACUCUAACAAUGUUCUUGUAGAGUGCAUUAGCUUUUACUGUAGUGUGUGUAGAUAAUGAAUAAAAUGUUGGUACGCA